UAUCAAACACCUUUCAAAUAUUACCUCAAACUUUCAUUUCCACAAAUCAUGACCAUCACUACCACCACCGUGAAAACAUUUCUCCUCCUCUUCACCACCCUCCUCCGCCUCUCCCCCGCCGUACUCAGCCUCGGCGUAAACUAUGGUACAAUAGCAAACAACCUUCCGCCACCGUCUCAAGUUGCCAACUUUCUGAAAACACAAACUAUUAUAGAUAGUAUAAAAAUAUUCGACACAAAUCAUGACAUUCUUACAGCAUUUGCUAACUCCGGUAUUUUCGUUACCGUAACGGUCGGUAAUGGUGAUAUUCCAGCUCUUUCCGACGACCGGAAUGCCCGCCGGUGGGUUGAGAAUAAUAUUAAACCUUAUUAUCCUCAGACAAAGAUUCAUCGGAUUGCAGUUGGUAAUGAAAUAUUGAUGUCUGGUGUUAAAGAUUGGAUUGCUCAUCUUGUUCCUUGUAUGAAGGCCUUACAUCAUGCUCUUGUUCUUGCGGGAAUCAAAGAUAUUAAGGUAUCAACACCUCAUACUCUUGGAAUUCUAUACAAUUCAGUCCCUCCAAGUGCUGCAAGAAUCAGACCAGGCUACCAAAAACCAAUAUUUGCACCAAUGCUUCAAUUUUUACGUGAAACUAAAUCACCUCUUAUGAUCAACCCAUACCCAUAUUUUAGCUACGCACCAAAAGUAUCAAAAUACAUUCUUUUCAAACCGAACCGAGGGAUUCAUGACCGGUACACAAACAUAACCUAUACCAACAUGUUUGAUGCGAUGAUGGAUGCGGUUCACUCAGCAAUUAAAGCUAUGGGUUAUGCCGAUGUCGACAUUUUGGUGGCCGAGACCGGUUGGCCUUCAGCUGGUGACCCGAACCAACCGGCUUGUUCGGUUGAGAAUGCUGUGGCUUAUAAUGGGAAUUUAAUCAAACAUGUUAGUUCUGGAAAGGGUACUCCUUUGAUGCCAAAUAGACAAUUUGAGACUUUUAUUUUUGCUUUGUUUAAUGAGAAUCUUAAGCCCGGUUCAACCGCUGAAAAGAAUUGGGGUUUGUUUCGGCCUGAUUUUAGUCCGGUUUAUAAUGUUGGAGUCAUGAGAAAUCAGCAGGCGACAAAUCCGAAUCCAAAUCCAAAUCUGCAUCCAAAUCCAAAUCCAAGACCGCCGAUCACUGGCAAGAAAUGGUGCGUACCGAAAGCGGAAGCGAACGAUCAACAAUUACAAGGAAAUAUAGAUUAUGUGUGCAGCCAAGGAGUAGAUUGUAAGCCAAUUCAAGCUGGUGGUGCCUGUUUUGAUCCCAACAAUGUGAGAUCUCAUGCAUCGUUUGCCAUGAAUUCUUACUACCAAACUCAUGGCCGGACCGAUUCCAGUUGUGAUUUCUCUAAAUCUGCUCUUAUCACCGCAUCUGACCCAAGUCAUGGAAAUUGUAGAUACAUUUGAGAUUAAACCAAUUACAUAGAUUAUACAAGAUUCGAUUUAUUUUUGGGAGGCUGAAGGAAUUCUCUAUUAAACAUUAUUAGUGAAAUUUUGGUUAUUUGAUUAAUUAUUUAUUCAUCUUUCCAA